UUGACAGUUAAAGAUUGAGAUUUUUUGCCAACAAAUCGAAAAGUUUUCAGUGAAAGUGUUUGAAAAUUAAUUUAUUUUUGCGAUUAAAGACUGAAAAUGGCUACGGUGGAAGAGUUGCAACAUAAAGUGAAAGAGCUGGAAGCCAAGCUCGCCUCCAUUCAGGGAAAUGCCGGAUCAGUGCGACAGAAAAUUGAUGUGAUGUCCUCCGAAGUAGUAGACUCAAAUCCUUACAGUCGUCUUAUGGCGCUGAAGAGGAUGGGUAUAGUGGAUAACUAUGAGAAGAUCCGAGACUUGUCAGUGGCGGUGGUGGGCGUGGGUGGAGUCGGCAGCGUCACCGCAGAGAUGCUCACCAGGUGCGGCAUCGGCAAGUUGAUCCUGUUUGACUAUGACAAAGUGGAGCUGGCGAACAUGAACCGGCUGUUCUUCCAGCCGCACCAGGCGGGGCUCAGCAAGGUGGAUGCCGCCGCCUCCACGCUGCAGAAUAUCAACCCCGAUGUGCAGAUUGAUGCAUACAAUUAUAAUAUUACUACGGUGGAUAACUUUCAAAAGUUCUGUGAUACUAUUAGCACGGGCAGCCUGACAUCUGGCCCAGUGGACCUGGUGCUGAGCUGCGUGGACAACUUCGAGGCGCGCAUGGCCAUCAACACGGCCUGCAACGAGCUCAAGCAGAAGUGGUUCGAGUCCGGAGUCAGCGAGAACGCCGUGUCGGGGCACAUACAGUUCAUUGUGCCCGGGGAGACGGCUUGUUUUGCUUGUGCCCCGCCGCUAGUGGUGGCGUCGAAGAUAGACGAGAAGACAUUGAAACGCGAGGGAGUGUGCGCGGCCAGCCUGCCCACCACCAUGGGCAUCGUCGCCGGGUUCUUAGUACAAAAUACGCUGAAGCAUCUCUUAGGAUUUGGAAAUGUCACUCACUACUUGGGCUACAGUGCAUUGACUGACUUCUUCCCUACCAUGAGCUUAAAGCCCAACCCGCACUGCGACGACCCCCACUGCCGCGCCCGGCAGAGCGAGGCGCGCGCGCGGCCGCUAGUCGAAGUGGCUACCGAGGUGCUGGAGGACACCAAGCCACUGCACGACGAGAAUGAGUGGGGUAUCAGUUUAGUGGACGAGAAUUCUCCAGUAGAGGAAACUCCAACGAACCUGAAUCUAGCUGAAGGAAUUCAGGUGGCGUACAACAUUCCCGUAGACAACAGCACUCCGGAGUCGAGCACGGGCGGCGCCGUGGCGGCCUCGGAGCUGUCGCUAGAAGAACUCAUGGCACAGAUGAAGUCCAUGUAAAUAACUGCCAUAAUGACCACUAGAUGGCGCUGCUAACCAACCAAUUAGGCGGGAGUGUGAGGUGAUGUGGGCGUGUGAUUGGCUGAUUGUGGUGACAUCUGGUGAGAUGUAAACGAACUUUUGAUUGUUGCGCGAUGUGAAGCUUAUAAGUAAGUAAGAUUGUAUUUAUUUAUUUUUUACAUUUAUACGUGUGCGAUCUCGAUUGAGCAUAAUGUUGUUAUUUAUUUGGAGCACAUAAAAAUUUGAAAAGCCAUAUGGAUCAAUUAGCACAAACAUUAAUUUAAAACAAUUAAAAGUCGCAAAGGUUAAUUUUAGGUUAAAAAAAGUGCUUCUGUGAAAAACAUUGAAUGCAUUCCAAUGUAACAUCUACGAUUUAUAUUUUAAUAUUUAUAAGGCGCUUCCAUUAAGUUUAAAAAUUGAAUUUUAUAUCAUAUUUAUUAUAAACUAAAUGUUAUCAAUAAGCGAAUGAAAAAUAUCAUAAAAUUUAUAAGAUAAAUAUGGACAAAUUCUAUUGCUAUUAAAUAUCAAGUGUAAGAAGA